AUGGCACGCUGGCACGGCUGGGAAUGGGAACACGGUGCAGCGAAUACAUGCAGAAGCGGAACAGAAGCAACACCCCACCGAUGCCGGUCCACUCCGGAUCCGACGAAUGACAGUUUCGACAAUGGCACCCCCAAGGCCAAAGACGCAGCCAAGUCCAGCGUCGGGGCGCCAGAAUUCGCUCCCGCUCCGGAUGAAUUCACCGUCGCAUGGGUGGGCUGCGCGAGGCACUUGACACUUUGCUACUCAGGGACAUGGCUCCUAUGUAUCCUUGGCUGGCUGGCGGAAGCAGAGGCUGGCAAAUCCCAAAGCUGCCUACGAACACCGCUCUUUAGCGCCGCAUACCUGGAUCCCAAUUUCGCCGACAUUUCUGACCUGUCUCAGAGGGGAGGACCGUUUGUAACGAGCAACCCAUCGUCACUACGGACACCUCGUUCUUGGGAGGAAAGGCGGUGUGGGACGUUUCUCACGGACACUUUACCUACCACGGCAGACGACCGCCCACGAUCUACAGCAAUUCCGAACAGAUACACAUACUCCCUGGCUCAUCAAGCACAGAACAUGGGCGCGUUUGAGAAGACCGAGGCUUUUCAUUUCGCCUGCAGACUGAUGAACGAGUUGCAGGUAGAGGAAGCCACGGACAACUUACAAGUUGGAAAAGAUCGACUUUGUCCGCAGCCGCGGAUAGCGAAGAACAGCAAACGCAUACUCCGUACACCGAAUGAUAUCCCAAAAUCUCAACACCAAAGUACCGCCGCAAACGGCGCCCCUCAAUACUCGAUGCAUCAUUUCCUCGUCCCAAAAACUUUGGAAUAA